AUGUCGACAAAUCCUCCCGUCGUAUUAUACCACUACGAAGCCUCCCCCUUCGCAAAAAAAGUGCAGAGUCUCCUCGCGCUUAAGGGCGUGCCGUACACCAGGGUCCUAGUAUUAAACAUCCCCCCGCGCCCCGCGCUCUCCACACUCCUGGGCAUCACCUAUCGCCGUGUGCCCGUGCUCGCCAUCGGCUCCGAUAUCUACUGUGAUUCUGCCGCCAUCGCAAGCGCCCUCGAGCGUCGCUUCCCCGCCGCGCCCACGCUCUAUCCGUUCCGUGUCGGCGUUGGGAAGACUGCACCAAUUGCGGAGGAAGUUGUGAAGACGGACACUGCGGUGGUACGCGCGCUCGCGUUCUGGGCAGAAGGCCAGGUCUUCCCAACUGUCCAAGACCACAUGCCAUACGAGAGCCUUCCCGCAGAGUGGAUCCACGACCGCAGCGGGCACCGCGGCGCGCCGAUCGAUAUCCCCACCAUUGUUGCAAGGAGGGACGACUCGAAGAGCACAGUGGCGUCACAUUUGGCGCUGCUGGAAGCGCAGCUCGCCGAUGGACGCGAGUGGCUCCUCGACACGACCGCACCGGGCCUUGCAGACAUCAUCGUACACACGCCUUUCGCGUGGGCGCGCACGCUGUCCUCACUUGCGGACCUGUUUGACCCUACAGUCGUCCCGCGAACAAUUGCAUGGCUCGACCGCACUUCUACAUACCUCGAUGCCCGGCGCGUCUCAGCCCCUGUGAUCUCCCCCGAGGACGCCGCCCAUGUGAUCACGUCCGCACAAGCGGAGGAUAUUGAUUACACCGUCGGAUUCAACGCGACGGACGCGCGACGACUGGGCACGGAGCGAGGCGACGCGGUCACGGUCACCCCACGCGACGUCGGGAAAGUGCCGACAGUGGGGACGCUAGUGGCGUUGAGCAGCGAGGAGAUCGUACUCGAGACGAGGGGCGAGGUGGGGGUCGUGCGGUGCCAUUUUCCGCGCCUCGGAUUCCAGAUCAAGAAGGCGGAGGCAAAGCUGUGA